AUUACCACGUGGCGCAUCUAUAUCCAGGAAGGAAAAUGUUGUAAACUUUCAACACAACGACUACCAUCCUAACAAGACCUAUUCCCUUUCUCCCGAGCCCCAGUCGGUUCAUUUUUCUUAUUCAUAUCUAACACCUCUUUCGUUCCUGCUUGAAUUAUUUAAGAUUAUAGGAUUGGUUGCUUUAUAUUUUAACUUCAGACAUGACUACUCCUCCCCUAUCUUCCGACGCUCCUUUCAACUUUAUGCAUGGAGGAACUGACCAUGUAGAUAACGAGGAACUUUCUAUCCCAUCAGCGCCCGCUACUCCGCAGCCCAAGAUCACCAGAACAGUCGCGAUCAUAAAACACCAUGCCCUUGAACACAGGUUUGAUAUUGAAUCGAGAAUUCAAGAAGCUAGUUUUGAAAUCGUCAAGGAAAGACAGAUGGAAUUUGACGUAUCGGACCCGGACACUUUGUACGAAUUAUUUGGAGAAGACGCAGAAUCCUUCGCUGACGGUCCUGUUUGGGUCUAUGUCCUUGAACGACGACGUGCAGUUGAAGUAUUGCAGACUUUGAUGGGCGAUAGAGAUCCUGAGGUUGCCAAGAAAGCCACCCCCCAUUCUCUACGUGCCUUGUACGGAGUUUCUAUGCAGCAAAACGCUGUCAUGGGUUCUCCAGAUUCUGAGAUGGCUGAAAUCCAGAUAGCCUCCUUGUUCGCCUCCUCACCCCCGUUUCCCACUUCUGAUUUGCCUUCCGAUGAUGGCCGAUUCGCUACCAUGCGCUCUGUGUCCUCUUCCAUCCUGUCCAACUUGCGCAAGGCUACCAGCGACGAAGGGUAUGCUGCCUCGAGCGCAACAAAUGACGGAAGUCGUGGUUCUGGCAGUGGAAAGGCACUAGCUGCAAACGGCAAGCCCCUUUUCAAAGCUCGAGGCUUGCCAAGCACCCACGAGAAACCCGAUAUCGUUCCCCGAACGACUCGUGCUGCUUCCCUACGCGCAGGUUUUCCCCUCGAAAAGUCCCCUGGACCUCGUAAACCUCCCACAAAAGAGCAACUCGCCAAAACUUUUGCGAAUGUUCCAGGACACAAACGUACAGAUACGAUACCGGUAGCAUCUACAGCUGCACCAGCCAUUGCUCCCCGUCUAACCAAAGCAGCGGCAUUACGACUUGGCCUACCUCCUCCACCUCCAACGGUAAGAAGACAGUCGAGUAACUCGUUCGAAGGUGUUCCUGGCCAUAAGAGAAGAGAAUCCAUUGUCGUUGCAUCAACUCAAGAGCCUACUGUCAAGCCCAAGCUCAAUAAGAGUGCAUCGCUGAGGGUUUCAAAGGAUAACGCCCCACCAACUUCGUUCAUGUUUCGUGGUCCGACUGAACCUAAAUUACCUGCAAGAAGUAGUUCUCGAUUAUCUAUAACUGAUAAUCCAGGCAACGCCAAACCAUCACGCCCAUCCUCGGCUGCAUCGACACGUCCUCCUUCCAGUUUCCCUGGUAGGCCGUCCUCUGUCACUCGAGGAUUAUCUAAUGUCGUACGCCCAAUGGUCAAUUCAAGGACUCAAACUACCGUCAGUGUUACGAACCCCGACAAUGGUACAAAUAACAUCAAGGGCUCACCUUCUUCAGCAGCCUCCCCACCUCCUGAAGUUGUUGACAAGCCGAAGCUUACACGUCGUCCUAGCAGUGUUUCCCUCCCUCCAAGCAUAGCCCCGCGCACCAACAAAAGUGCGGCCCUCAGAGCGGCGAAGAAGGAACAAGAAGCUGCUGCUGCUGCUGCACUUGUAGCGAAGCAACAGAGGAGAGCUUCUAGGCCUCCACCCUCUAGCAUGCCGAAGAGCCUGAUCGUUUGAAAAAAUACCGUUGUGAAUUCUCAUAUUAUUUUGAUGGGUAGUAUUGAAUGGAUUAUCUCUGUAUCUUCGUCGUGUAUAUUUUUUCUUGCUUCAGUUGCCUGAUACUUUGUUAAAUUGUUAAUUCUUUGCUUAUGCUUUCUUCCUCAACGAUAUGGAUAUAGGAUUGGAUCGCUCAAUGGCGGCAUGUUUCGUCAUUUGAGGCGAGGGACUGCGGUACGCCGAGCUGGAAGUAAGCGCCUGUAUUGUCCCAAUACACUCGAUAGAUAGCCUGUAUCUUUUUUUCAAUAAACGUAUAUUGGAUAUCAUUUUCCCUCGUGUCAUUAUCGUACCUCAUAAGACUUGUGUGCAGAUAAAGAAAAGAAAAUUUUCUUCGAAUGAGCGACAGGUACGUAGCGGUAUGUCAAAUAUUUUCUUGCUUGUGGCGAGUACUUAUCUUUGGGAGGAGAUUUUUUCACACGUACUUACAG